UAUAUAAUAUAUAAUGUAAAUACAGAUAUUUAAUAAUAACAAUAAUUACGAUUUAUCAUAAAAAUUUACCACCGAAUUGAUGUCAUAACCAAAUUAAUAUUUAAUAUUUACGUGUUGUGUUUGUUUGAAAAAGAAAAUAAUUGUUUAACUUAACUAUCCUAUUAAGUCAAGCUCCCUAGAAAAUGGAUGAGCGAAUGAAUAAAUUAGUUUCCGAAUUAGAAAAACAAGAACUUGAGUUAGCAACAUCUAAUACCUCACCCACUGCAGGGGUGUAUUCUCAACUACUGGCCUUGUAUUUAUAUCAAAAUGAUUUAUGUAAUGCAAAAUUUUUAUGGCAACGAAUACCUGAACAAAUAAAAAAUGAUAAUCCAGAACUAGCUCUGAUUUGGGCAGUUGGUAAAUGUAUGUGGAAAAGAGAUUACCCAUCAACAUAUAAAGCUUUAAAAAAUAAUUGGAGUGAUAGUGUUUGUGAAAUCAUGAAAAAUGUUGAAGAAAAAUUGCGUUCAAGAGCUGUUACCCUGAUAACGCAGGCCUAUAGUUCUGUUUCUAUAGACACAGUUUCAGAAAUGACUGGUUUAGCAGAAGAUAUGGUCAUCGCCGCCUGUAAGAAAAAAGGUUGGGCUAUCGAAGAAGCAACACGUUCUGUGAUUCCUACAAGAGCUAAACUGGAUAUUACCAGUGGAACCACUAGUGAAGAUCAAUUGCAUAAACUUACGGAAUAUGUAUCUUUUCUAGAAAAUUAAAGUGAUAUUAAAUUAAAUUUAUACUGAAGUUAAUUUAUAGUGAUUAUUGAAUCAUAAUGCAUAUAAUUUUUAUAUACACAC